AUGGACAGAUAUGAAGAAGCCCUGAAAACGUAUAUGUCACGACCAGAGCGUAAAGGCAAAGCAAUAGUGCAAGCGCUGCGCCAGUUUGGCUCAUAUCUUGGUAAUCGACAAUCAAGCCUCCUUUCUAUCCAUCGCGAGAGACGUAAUGAAAAGUCGACAGAGAGAUUAGUGCGUCGCCUCCUUGAGGAGAGAAUUACUCUUCCAUGUCUUGCAGGAAGUAACGAGUACGCGGGAGUUAACUGGCAACUCAGAGGCCAUAUCACUGGAUCUGGUCAUUAUCUUCUCGCUAACAGAGGUGGCGUUACUUUCGUAUUAACAGACAUAGACUGGCACCAGGAAGUACUGUGGAUACUGUCCAUGGAGGCAAAUUUCUUAGUUGUAUCUACAGAUUAUUUCAGACUUCCUGGUGCUCGCCAUAAUCAUUCUCCGCCGUCGUCUCCUCCACCACCCAGCUGCAUAAUUUUCAACAACGAUUCUAUUAAACAUGUACAAUAUGUCGCAGACGCUGCUUCAGCGCUUGUUGUGUCCGUAAAUCACUUAAGAAAACGACAAUAUCACAUUGGUGAAGACUAUCUAUCUGCUGCGAUUGAGAAAGAACUUGUACACUUGUACACCGUCUACCAACGGAAUAACUCAAGAAUAAGAAAUAGAAACAUAAUAAUAACGGCUGGAGAAGUGAAGUGGUUAGGUGCGUUGGCGUGCCACAAAGCUUUCGAAUCGGGCGGUUUUCAGCGAGCUGCACAACACUUCUUGAACGGUAUCAUAGCUAAUAACAAGAAUAUGCCUAUUCCUAAAGCAAUGGCUAUUUUUUGA